AUGCAAAGUUCGAAUUUUUUUCUGCAGCAAAGCGAUCCAACGGCUACCAGCAACAAAUGGGCGGCCAAUCUUCUCCGAGAAUGCGCAAAAGCAAUCUGCGAUAAGGAUUCAGCAAAGAUUCAGCACGUUCUAUGGAUGCUCAAUGAGCUCGCUUCACCUUAUGGGGACUGCGAGCAGAAGAUAGCUUCUUACUUUCUUCAAGCUCUGUUCUGCAAGGUGACGGAUUCCGGCGAUCAGUCGUACCAGACUCUGGUUUCUGCAGCUGAAAAGAGCCAUUCUUUCGAGUCGGCGAGGAAGGUGAUUCUCAAGUUUCAGGAGGUGAGUCCAUGGACGACCUUCGGCCAUGUCGCUUCUAACAGCGCAAUCUUGGAGGCCUUGGAAGGAGAAGCAAAGCUCCACAUAAUUGACAUCAGUAACACAUACUGCACUCAAUGGCCGACUUUGCUUGAAUCACUCGCGACCCGCAGCGAUGAGACGCCGCACCUCAAGCUCUCCGUUGUUGUGGCCGGCGGCGGCGGCGCCUCAGCCGGCGGAGGCGCCGGCGGGUCUGUCAUGAAGGAGAUAGGACAAAGGAUGGAGAAAUUCGCGCGGCUGAUGGGAGUCCCAUUCGAAUUCAAUGUGAUAAGCUGGAUUUCGAGCUUGUCGGAGCUGAGAGAGAAGGAAUUUGGAAUCAAGGAAGACGAAGCGGUUGCCGUAAACUGUAUCGGAGCGUUCAGGAAAGUUGGGGUUGAGAGGCGGGAAGAGUUCAUUCGAAUGAUUCGCUCGCUGCGGCCGCGAGUUGUAACAGUGGUGGAGGAAGAGGGGGAUUUCAGCAGCAAUAAAGAUGACUUUUUUAAGUGUUUUGAGGAGUGUUUGAGAUUCUACACCAUGUUUUUCGAGAUGUUGGAGGAGAGCUUCGCGGCAACGAGCCAUGAGAGGCUUAUGUUGGAGAGGGAGAGUUCAAGGAGCAUACUUAGUGUUUUGGCCUGUGGAGGGGAGGCGGAGUGUGGGGAGAGAAGGGAGAAGGGGAGUCAAUGGUGUAAGAGAUUAUCGAAAGCGUUUGCUGCGGGGAGUUUCAGUGAAGACGCCAUUGAUGACGUGAAAGCUUUGCUGAAGAGAUAUCAGGUGGGAUGGUCUCUGUUUCCUGCUUCAGGGGACUCAUCAGGGCUGUUCUUGACAUGGAAAGAUGAACCGGUUGUGUGGUCUUCAGUAUGGAAACCAGUUUGAAGGAAAGAAAAUGGAAAAAAAAAGAAAUUAAAGUCAGUGUGUGUAGAUUCAUAAUCAAUUCAUAAUUGUAUUUGGGAUUUCAUCACAUUCAACUUCUUCAA